AGAUGCCGAAGUCCCGUGGGUAUAAAAACUAUAGCAAAGACGAGAUAUCUCUUCUGCUGGCCAUUCUCGAAGAGCUGCUACCGGUCUGCACUGCGGAGUGGAUUAAUGCUGUGGAGCUUUAUGCCUCUCGGAAGGAGCGUUCAUGGGGUGAUCGCACUAUGGCUAGUUUGCGCCGAAAAUUCGUCGGAUUAUGGUCGGUGUCGUAUCCCUCCUCCUCUUUUCCAGCGCUUCGAGCACAAGCUAGACGAAUCAAAGGCCAGAUUGACAAUCUUCAAAGCUCGAGAAUAGCCAGGUCACGUUCAAUUCCGUCACGCAAGUUACAAAGUAUUUCAAGUGCGCCAGAACAAGAAAAUCAUGAGCAAGUGAGACCAGACCGUAGACGCCUUCCCGGCCGUUCUGCUAGCUUCAGGGUUAACGUUCCAGAAAUGCUUCAGGAUGGCCCCAGUUUUUUCGGAUACUCAACAGCCCUUGUUGGGUCCAAUCAUGGCAACGAUGUCGUUGUUGACAAAGCUACCGUGCGGACCCCUCGUGAUCCUGGUGUAGGAUCCAUCAGGUAUGAUCCAAGUUUCCCUUCUCACCCCAGCCCUACGGUUCCGAAUGUACCAUCGCUGAUGCCAUUCGUUUCCAAACCACGUCCGGAUAUAAGAGUUACGCGGACGGCAAUCAUGAAGCUGUACAACCAGAUGAUCCAACUUGUUGUAAAAGCUCAAGUGGAUGCUGAGCGUAGAGAGGUUGAGCGUGGGGAUCGUGAAAGACUGGAGCGUAUAUCGGCUCUUCAGUACAAGAACCAACUAAUGGCCAUGAUUACAGCCUUACACAGACCUAUGCAAUCGUAAGGAAGGCUCAGAAGAAAUCAACUGAUUUUAGCGAUAUCGUUCUUGGUAUCGCUUUGCGAAAUCGUACUCAAAUCGAAAUGAAUUUUGCAACUAAAUCUUGUUAGCUUUUUUUCUAUUUGGAUAAUGGAUAUUGUUCAGGUGUCCC